CUUUCGCUCCCGAAGUUGGAAGGAAAGAUGGCUUUUUCGGUUCGUAGCCUCCUCAUCAGUGAGAGCGUAGAUGCCAGUUGCAAGAAAAUCCUAGAGGAAAAUGGAAUCAAAGUGGUGGAGAAGAAAAAUAUGACCAAGGAUGAACUGCUUGUUGAAAUAAAGGACUAUGAUGGACUUAUAAUCCGUUCUGGAACAAAAGUUACAGCUGAUGUCAUAAAUGCUGCAAAGAAUCUGAAGAUAAUCGGUAGAGCUGGAACAGGAGUGGAUAAUGUGGACAUAGAUACUUCAACCAGGAAUGGAAUUAUUGUAAUGAACACACCAAAUGGGAACACAAUUAGUGCUGCCGAAUUGACUUGUGGAAUGAUCAUGUGUUUGGCCAGGAAAAUUCCUCAAGGAGCUGCUUCCAUGAGAGCUGGAAACUGGGACAGAAAAAAGUUCAUGGGCAUGGAGCUAUAUGGGAAAAUACUUGGAAUUGUAGGACUGGGAAGAAUUGGCAAGGAAGUAGCAACAAGGAUGCAGUCCUUUGGAAUGAAGACCAUAGGCUAUGAUCCAAUAAUUCCUGCUGAGGUGGCAACUACAUUUGGAGUAGAAUUCGUGUCUCUGGAACAUCUUUGGCCACGGUCUGACUUUAUCACUGUCCAUACACCUUUAAUGCCAUCUACUGAAGGAUUGUUGAAUGAUGAAACCUUUGCCAAAUGUAAAAAAGGAGUGAAGGUUAUUAACUGUGCUCGAGGAGGUAUUAUUGAUGAGGAAGCAUUGCUUCGAGCAUUGGAAUCUGGACAAUGUGGUGGUGCCGGAUUAGAUGUAUUUGUAGAGGAACCACCCAAGAAUCUUUGUCUUGUGAACCAUCCAAAUGUAAUUGCGUGUCCACAUCUAGGUGCGAGUACCUAUGAAGCCCAGGAACGUUGUGGGAAGGAUAUUGCAGCUCAAAUUGUGGACAUGGUGAAGGGCAGCUCACUAGUUGGAGCGAUUAAUGCCCAGGCUCUCAGCCGUGCUGUGAUUCCUGAAACAAAACCUUGGAUCCAGCUUGGGGAGGCACUGGGAAUGGUGGCAAAAGCAUUUGCUGGCCAAGUAAAUGGUCAAACGAAAGUACAAGUUGCAACAGCAGGUAUGUCUUUGAGAAAUACCGAGCAUUGUGUUGCCACAGCUGUGACUCUAGGGCUGCUUAAAGGAGACUUAGAAAACCAUGUCAACCUCAUCAAUGCAUCCUUACUUGCAAAAGAAGCAGGAUUGACUGUAGUAACCAAGCAUGAUGAUGCAGUUCCAGGAGAUCUUACUAAUGUAUGUGCACUGGAGAUCACUACUUCCAGUGCCUCCCAUAAAUUUCUGGGUUCCAUUCAAGUAGGCAUUCCAGUACUCCUGGAAGUUGAUGGAGCAGCAUUCAAGCAGGCAGUUCCUCUCAGUGGAAAUUUGCUAAUUUACAAAGCUAUGGAAUAUCCUCAAGUUUUGCAGUCUGUUGCAGGUGUGCUGGCUUCAGCUGGAAUUCAAAUUGAAUCAUACAAUGUUACAACUGCUAUGGAGGGAGACCAAUGGUGCAUUAUGAAAACUACUUCAUUAUUAGUAGAUCUGAAUCUUCUUGAGCCAUAUAUAAAGCUAUCAAUACAGCUGACAAUAUGAAAAUCCAUUCAGAAAAAACAUCAACAUUUAGAAAUUGACCAGAAAGAGUGGUGUUUGGCUUAAAUUUACUGUAACAAUGGUGCCUUUUUCAAUGGUACUAAUUAAAUUGACAAAAUGUCAAAUAAGCUAACCUGAACAAAAGCCAUUGCAUGAGCUAACUUUGUUUAUUCAUUAAUAUAUCACUGCCAUUAACAUAAAAUAGAAGCAGAAAAUGCUGGAAAUACUUAGCAUAUCAGGCAGCAUAUGUUCAAAACUGUCCACUGCACCAUAGAACAAUGAUCGACCACUGGUACCUGGUGACAGGGAGAUAAAGUAUGUUCAAGUAACUGCUCUUGAACUGAAAACGUUAAUACCCUUCCCACACCACAGAGGAGGUUGAGAGGGUUCUAUGCCAAUUUAGUGGUCUUAUGACAAUUCAUCAUUUGAUUUGUUCCAUUGACAUUCCCACUUGAAAUAGUAACUGUGACAAACAAUCCGCCCUCAACCACAAUGAUAUACACAGUAGAGAAUCCCUGCCACAGGGACUUGUCAAAACAGAAAGAACAGUUCAAGUGUCAACCCUAGAAAGAACCUGGUGCCACACAAGUCAAAAACUCUCAGUGGCAGAUAUGGUGCAGGCCUGCAGUUGGAACAUCUUUAUUCAGGGUCAAAAUGACUUUGAAUGAAUACACUGCUGAGCAGAAGUAAUGGUGACCCCCUUCCCCCAUAUUAUGACCACCUUUAGGGUUACAGAAAUUUGCCCUUGGAGAAUUCAUAAAUCCCUGCCCAAAAAUUUGAGAUAUUGAAUCAAAUUCAUUCUCAGGGGAUUUAUAUGGGGGAUAAAAAGUAAAUACAAUAUAGUUUUUCAACUCGUGUUUCCUGACACAUGCAGAUGGUGUGGCUUCAAACUACAGAAAAUUAUGAUACAUCAUUUUCUAGGAAUACAAAUCCCCACCCCACUGAAAUGUGGGGUCACCUGUGUGGCCUAAAAUAGGAUACUCAUAACAAAAUGUUCCCAUCAGCAUAACUGUAGGAUAUCACUUUGUCUUUAUAAACCCCCCCCCCCCCCCCCCCCCCCCCCCCCCCCAACUGCAGAUAGCAUGGCUACGUGUAAAUUGGCCGAUGUUGCUUCUUGGCCAGUCCCAAAUUUGAUACUAUUGCCACUGGACACAACUCACAAAGGAUAAGAACGAGUAAGAAGUCCAAUGCAACUGAUAACAAGACCAUGUUAUGACACUUGCCACUGCAAUUUAGCAGACAUGGUCACCAUUCUAUGAAUUGUAGUUGUCCAAUGAAAGAUCAUUGACCUGAAAUGUUACUGUUCUCCUGAUACUGCCUGACUUACUGAGUAUUUCCAGCGCUUUUCUGUUUUUAUUUUGGUUUUCUGGUAUCUGCAGUUUUUUUUAAUAUUUUCAACUGCAAUUAGUUUAAUCUUUGUUGCAAAAAUUGUCAUAUUAUUUCAGCAAUAAAUGAAAUUUACAAGCAUAUUUAUGAGAAUGAAAUAAUACUGCUUGAGAAAUUGUAGCUCAUUACUCCUACUGAAAUGUUUGCAAAGCAAUUAUUCAGUAAAUUAUUUUUCUUGUUUC